AUGCACAAAGGGCACCACGGCGAGGCGCUGCUGGAGCUCGAACUCACGGCCCUCAAAAAUCGCACGGCUGCCCACGUGAUCGGCAUCUUUGAGGGGUACGACAAAAAUUUCCAGCACUUGCACGCCUCGAUCCAGGAGGGAAUGACGGCGCUGGCGAACGCUGGGAUCGAGAAGCUGAAAGAAGUCUCCGAGCAGCAGGAGUACGGGGAUGGCGAAAAACUCACCGAUGGCCUCGUGAAACUGGCCGCCGACUUCGAGAAGCAAUGCGAGGUCUACAUGCCCGUCGCUCGCCAGUUCAACGACCACCUCAUCGGCUUCAAGGAGCAGCUCGAGAAGAAGGAAGCGUCCAACGAAGUCGAAGCC